AAAUGGCACUAUUGAAAUUCUCUAUAUAAGGCACCGGCGUGAGAGCAAGAACGUCACAUGUUGGUUUCAUCAAAUAGAAUAAGAAACGUAAAAGAUAGUAUUAAAGACUAUAUAUCUUAUUACUUUAUACAGUGCUUGCAUUAUGGCUUCUAGUCCUGGGAUCCUUUCCGAGUGGCCUUGGAAGCCUCUUGGGAACUUCAAGUAUUUGAUAUUGGCACCAUGGGUGAUUAGGAGUACUUAUGUAUUUGUAACGAAGGAGGAUCCAAGAGAGAGAGACUUGUCAUCUUUUCUGGUUUUCCCAUAUCUGUUGCUAAGAAUGUUUCACAACCAGAUUUGGAUCUCUCUUUCUCGUUACAGAUCAGGUAAAGGUAACAACCGAAUCAUAGACAAGAGUCUAGAGUUUGAGCAAGUCGACAGAGAAAGAAAUUGGGAUGACCAAAUAUUAUUCACUGGAUUAUCGUUCUAUUUGGCAACCCAUAUAUUUUCAAAUUGUACGAACGUACCUAUAUGGAGAACAGAUGGAGUUAUCAUGACGGUUCUGCUUCAUGUCUUUGUUGUGGAAUUUCUAUACUAUUGGCUACACAGAGCUCUUCAUCACCACUAUCUCUACUCUCGUUAUCAUUCACAUCACCAUUCCUCCAUUGUCACUGAGCCCAUUACUUCUGUGAUUCAUCCAUUUGUGGAGUUCUUGACAUAUUUCAUUCUAUUUUCAAUCCCACUAUUGACAACAAUAUUAACGGACACUAUCUCUCAAGCUACGGCAUAUGGUUACAUCUUGUAUAUUGACUUCAUGAAUAAUUUGGGUCACUGCAACUUCGAGCUCAUUCCCAAGUGGUUCUUCCAUGUCUUCCCCCCUCUCAAGUACCUUACAUACACCCCCUCGUUUCACUCAUUGCACCACACUCAAUUUCGAACAAAUUAUAGCUUGUUCAUGCCAAUGUAUGAUUACAUCUAUGGAACAGUAGACAAAUCUUCUGAAGCCUUAUAUGAAAUGUCACUAAAAAGAAAGGAGGAAUUGCCAAAUGUGGUGCAUCUAACACAUAUGACCACACCAGAGACUAUAUACCAUAUGCGGAUAGGGUUUGCAGCAUUGGCCUCUAGGCCUCAAACUGAGUACUCUUCCUCAAAAUGGUACCUUUGGUUAAUGUGGCCUUUCACUCUAUGGUCUACCAUAAUGACUGGGAUUUAUGGCCAUACUUUUGUGGCUGAGACCCACCGUUUUCAUAACCACACAUUGCAAACUUGGGUUGUACCAAAGUUCAAGAUACAAUACUUUCUACAACGGCAAAAAUCAUCUAUCAACAAUUUGAUUGAGAAAGCCAUACUUGACGCUGAGGAUAAGGGUGUGAAAGUAUUGAGCCUUGGUCUCUUGAAUCAGAAGGAAGAUUUGAAUGCAUAUGGUGAGGUGUACGUGAGAAGGUACCCUGAGUUAAGGGUGAAAGUUGUAGAUGGAAGUAGCCUAGCAGUGGCUAUAAUACUAAACUCCAUACCAAAAGAAACAACCCAAGUCUUGUUGACCGGAAAUUUUACUAAAGUUGCCUAUGCCAUUGCUUUAGCUCUAUGCCAGAAGGGUAUCCAGGUGGCUACAUCAAAAGAGGAUGAGUACAAGAAAGUGGAGGAAACAUUAAUGAUCAAUAACUCCAAUUCAAGUACCAUUAAUAAUUGUUUGGUGGUCUCCAAAAGUUAUUCUGAAAAGAUUUGGUUAGUGGGGGAUGAAGUGAGCAAAGAAGAACAAGUAAAAGCUCCAAAAGGAACAAUAUUCAUUCCCUAUUCUCAAUUCCCACCUCAUCCAUUUCGCAAAGACUGCAUUUACCACUACACACCAGCAAUGCACACUCCUACAUCUGUGGAGAAUCUCCACUCUUGUGAGAAUUGGUUGCCGAGAAGGGUGAUGAGUGCAUGGCGCAUAGCAGGAAUAGUACAUGGCUUAGAAGGCUGGAAUGAGCAUGAGUGUGGCUUUCAGACUAAAAACACAAAUAUUCACAAAGUUUGGGAAGCCACUCUUCGUCAUGGAUUUCAGCCACUACCAAUAUUAGCCUCCUCCCAUUUCAAAUUUUAAGAUAUUUUAUACCUUAUAUUUGUAAGCGUAUCAAGAAAGACUAGAUUCUAAUUAAUAUGGAACUUUUAUAUGCAAGUUUUAUGUAAUAUUUAUUGGUAGUACUGUAGUUGAAAUUUUAUAUAUAUAUCCAUAUAUGGCAUGAGACUAAUAUAAUUUUAGGGUUUGUUUGAAAA